AUGUCCGACUCUAAGGAUCAGGUCAUUGUCCAGACGGCCGACGCCAUGGAUCAUUCCUCGGCCUCCGUGCCCAAGAACGAUACUGCAGUGGUCGUCGACCCCGCAGUCGAGGAGAGCGUCGCUGCGCCGGCCGACAAGGUCGACAACGAGAAGAAGGGCUUCCUGGCGUUCUUCAAGACGAAGGAGUUCUACAUCAUUCUUGUGCUGGGACAACUGCUCGCCAUUGCCAAUACCGCCACAAGCACCUUUACCACUCUCCUCGGCAAUGAGAACUGGGCGAUCCCCACGUUUCAGGUGAUGCUUAACUACCUUCUCUUGACGCUUAUUUUCACUCCUUAUACGAUAUACCGUUACGGCUUCAUGGGCUGGCUCCGAGUGAUCUACCGUGACGGCUGGAAAUAUAUCAUUCUCGCGUUCUGCGACGUCGAGGGCAACUACUUCAUUGUGCUGGCAUAUCAAUACACCACCAUGCUCAGCGCCCAGCUCAUCAACUUCUGGGCCAUCGUCGUGGUCGUCAUCAUCUCCUUCCUCUUUCUCAAGGUGCGCUACCACUUCACACAGAUCCUCGGAAUCGUGAUCUGCAUCGGCGGAAUGGGCAUCCUCAUCGCCUCCGACCACAUCACCGGCACCAACGGCGGCGACGUCUCCAGCGGCCACCAGCUCAAGGGUGACCUGUUCGCACUGCUCGGCGCUUCCUUCUACGGUCUCACCAACACCGCCGAAGAAUAUUUCGUCAGCAAAAAGCCCGUCUACGAAGUGCUUGGCCAGCUGUCGCUAUACGGCGUGAUCAUCGACGGCGUGCAGAGCGCCAUCUUCGAGCGCAGCAACUACGUAACCUCGACCUGGGACGGCAAGGUUGGCGGCUACCUGACCGGCUUUACGCUGUGCCUCACCCUGUUCUACUGCCUGGCGCCGCUGCUGUUCCGACUGUCAUCGGCCGCGUUCUUCAACAUCUCCAUGCUGACCAUGAACUUCUGGGGCGUGUGCAUUGGUAUCAAGGUCUUCCACUACCACAUCCACUGGAUGUACCCCAUCGCCUUCGUCCUCAUCAUCAUCGGCCAGCUGAUCUACUAUCUCGGACGGCGCGCCCUUGCCGAGGCCCGGAAGCCAUGGCUUGGCGUGAACCAGGAGCAAGGCGUUGCAGGCUUGUUCACGGCGAAGCAGCGCAUCGAGCAUGCUGUGCCCGAGGCAGCUGCGCAGCACGACGAGCAGAAUUCGGCGCGUCCAGCCACAGCAAGCACGAGCGCUGUCUAG